AAAAUAAAAAACAUAAUAUAUAUGUUUUUAGUCUGGCGUUAGCUAAGGCCAACUAAAAAUUAUCUUCUUUGUCUUUACGGAUUUCCAGGGUUUUGAAUGAAGGGCGACCCCUGCUGUCUGGUCGGGGUAAAUGAAAUGAAACUGUCCAAUCCGGAUUGAAUAGGCAGUAAAAGUGGACGAAUAGAAAGCCUGUGCUGGCUGCUGGACUGAUUCUACAUCCAAUGGUCUGGGUGGCAAACAGUGGAUGUGUCCGCGGUGCGGUGGGAGCCACACUCGGUGGGACAGGGGACACUGGUACCAGUCUGGUUCCGAUCCGCUUUCUGCUGAAACCAGCGGGGCUCUGUGGCGAUUUACAACCCGCAGCGAUGAAUUAAAUCUGGGGAUCUGCCUCUGGAGGAUGGAGUGACCGAACCCCCCCUUCCUGGAUGAUUUGAUGGGGCUGCUCAGAGUCAUGAUGCCGCCCAAGUUGCAGCUGCUGGCGCUGCUCGCCUUCGCAGUGGCCAUGUUCUUCCUGGAGAACCAGAUCCAGAAGCUGGAGGAGUCCCGGGGAAAGCUCGAGCGAGCCAUCGCCAGACACGAGGUGCGGGAGAUCGAGCAGCGGCACACUCACGACGGCCUGAGGGAGCGCGAGACGGCGGCCACGCUGUCCGACGCCGAGGAUGACCUGGUGAUCAUCUACAACCGCGUCCCCAAGACUGCCAGCACCUCCUUCACCAACAUCGCCUACGACCUGUGUGGGAAGAACCACUACCACGUCCUGCACAUCAACACCACCAAAAACAACCCCGUCAUGUCCCUGCAGGACCAGGUGCGGUUUGUAAAGAACGUGACAGAAUGGAAGGAAAUGAAGCCGGCCUUUUACCACGGACACGUCUCCUUCCUGGACUUCACCAAGUUCGGAGUGAAGAGGAAGCCCGUCUACAUCAACCUGAUCAGGGACCCCAUCGAGAGGCUGGUGUCUUAUUAUUACUUCCUACGUUUUGGGGACGACUACAGACCUGGGCUGAGACGCAGGAAACAAGGAGAUAAGAAGACGUUUGAUGAGUGCGUAUCAGCGGGCGGCUCAGACUGCGCUCCUGAGAAACUCUGGCUGCAGAUCCCCUUCUUCUGUGGUCACUAUUCUGAAUGUUGGUGAGUUGCCUUCAUUUCCGUCCUGAUUUCCUCUUUGGUAACAUCAGGUUUCCAUGGCGAUCCGUUGGUCGCAGCUCCGUUCUUAAACAGCUGAAUCCAGACAUCAACAUUCAGUCC